UGGGGUUUCACAUUCCUAAUGGGCGUGUGCAGACACUUCGCACAUGCUCAUACAUUCUGAGGCAGGGCAGGUUCUUCUGUUACACGGGCUCAACACCAAGCACUGCAUAGCAGCACCACCAAUGAAACUACUCCCUCUCCUAGUGUUUGUGUCCAGUCUGCUGGACUAUGGCUACACUUCUCCGAACUGCAACAUGACGUGCCAUAAAGAUGCGGAGUGUGAAGUGAAGGGUGGCGUACAAGGCUGCUAUUGUAUCCCAGGAUUCACAGGAAAUGGCAUACUUUCCUGUCACGAUGAUAACGAAUGUGAAAAUGCUACACAACCUUGUGGAGAAAACGCUAACUGUACCAAUACUGUGGGGAGUUAUUACUGCAUGUGUGCAACUGGUUUCAGAUCGAGCAGUGGUCAAGAGAAGUUUGUAACUAAUGAUGGAACCUUUUGUGUGGAUAUAGAUGAGUGCAGUGAAGCAGUAACCGUUGCCUGUGGAGAUCAUGCAAAAUGUGAAAAUGUGGAUGGAGGAUAUAACUGCUCCUGUAAGGAAGGUUAUCAACCAUCCACAGGAAAAUUACAGUUUAAGCCAAAUGAUGGCACUUCCUGCCAAGAAAAUCCAAAGGCAAAUUGCAAGUUACAUAAUGACUGUAUAACUGAAAAUAUUACUCAAACCUUAGCUGAAUUUAGGACUAUAAAAGAACCCUUGGCUUUCCUACAAGAAAUCAAUAGGAACACUGUGGGACAACUUUCACCUGUAGAUAUGAUUUCAUAUGUGGAAGCAUUAUCUGUAUCUUACCCAUCACUAAGUACCAUGAAUAACACAAUUUCUGACAAGGAAGCACUUACUAAUGUGACUAUUAGUGUUGUUGUUAACACCGUGAACAAUUUUGUUCAAAAGGAUAAAAUUACAGUUUGGGAAGCACUCCCUACAGAUAACAGGAGAACAAGUCUCACUAAGCUGAUGCAUGCUGCAGAACAAGCAACGCUGCUCAUGUCACAGAACUUCAAAAAGACAACACAGCUAGAUGUUAAUGCAAGUGAAAUGGCUCUCAAGGUUUUUGCUUUUGAUUCGCACCACAUGAAACACAUUCAUCCUCAUGCACACAUGGGAGGAGAUUAUAUAAAGAUAUCUCCAAAGAAAAAGGAAUUACCUAAUUCUAAUGGCACUGUUGCAGUUGUGUUUCUGAGGUAUAGCAAUAUUGGUUCUUUGCUUUCAUCAUCUAAAAACUCCUCAUCGAAAGAUAGUUCAGAGCAGAGAGAGACAGUAAGCUCAUCAGUUAUUGCUGUUGCAAUUAAUUCAAAUCCACCUACACUCUAUGAGCUUGAGAAAAUAACAUUUACUUUAAAGUACAUCAAGACUGCAGAUAAGGAUAUUAAAUGUGCCUUUUGGAACUACUCAGCAGACACAAUGAAUGGCACCUGGUCUACCGAAGGCUGUGAGCUGACACAUUCCAACACUACUCAUACCUCAUGCAAAUGUAAUCAUCUGACUCAUUUUGCUGUUUUGAUGUCUUCAGGUGGCUCUGUUGGUGUUACAAAUUAUAACAUUCUUACAAGAAUCACUCAGCUAGGAAUAAUUAUUUCGUUGAUUUGCCUCUCCAUGUGCAUUUUUACCUUCUGGUUCUUCAGUGAAAUUCAAAGCACUAGAACAACAAUUCACAAAAAUCUCUGCUGCAGUCUUUUCCUGGCAGAACUUAUCUUUCUUGUUGGAAUUAAUAUGAACAAUAAUAAGCUCUUCUGUUCAAUCACUGCUGGAUUACUCCAUUAUUUCCUUUUAGCUGCCUUUGCAUGGAUGUGCAUCGAAGGCAUACACCUGUACCUUAUAGUUGUGGGAGUCAUCUACAACAAGGGAUUCUUACACAAGAACUUCUAUAUCUUUGGUUACGUGAGUCCAGCAGUGGUAGUUGGAAUUUCAGCAGCGCUAGGAUAUAAAUAUUACGGCACUACCGAAGUAUGUUGGCUCAGCACAAAGAAUAACUUUAUAUGGAGUUUUAUAGGACCAGCAUGUCUAAUAAUUCUUGUCAAUUUGCUGGCAUUUGGGGUGAUUAUUUACAAAGUAUUUCGACACACUGCAAUGUUAAAGCCAGAAGUUAGCUGUUAUGAAAAUAUAAGGUCUUGUGCUCGGGGUGCUCUUGCUCUCCUGUUCCUUCUUGGGGCUACCUGGAUCUUUGGGGUGCUCCAUGUGGUCCAGGGCUCAGUGGCCACUGCAUAUCUUUUUACAAUUUUCAAUGCGUUUCAGGGGAUGUUCAUCUUCAUAUUUCUUUGUGUUUUAUCUAGAAAAAUCCAGGAAGAAUAUUAUAGGUUGUUCAAAAAUGUUCCUUGCUGUUUCAGCUGCUUAAGAGAGAAGUAAUUACUGUCGGUCACCUGUAUGUAAAAUAUGUUAAUAAACUGAGCUGUUUUGUUUGAUUCUUUCAACAUAUUUCCUUUAGUUCAUUUAAAGAAAUAAAGAAACAAGUUUUAUAGCUAACAUAUUACUUGGCCUGAAUGUUUUGCUGCAUCUUUUUGCUAGCUGUAUAUUCUCCUUAAGCUGUGGGGAUAUACAGAUACAUAUCACUUACAUAUGUGUUUUCAUAGGAAUACCUAUUAACGCAUCAUCUGUUAUCUCAUAUAGAAAUGUGUAACCUGUGCUAAGGUUGUCUGGGCAAAGAAACACCUCUACUAACUGCAUAGUGACUUCAGUAUGCUCAGGGAGAUUGAAAAAGUACCUUUGAACGAAAAUAUCCCACAAAGUGUUUACAUUACAAUGGACUUUAUAAUUAAAGAACAUAUUUUAGAGCAAAACUCUGCUGUCCAAUCCAUGAGUCGCAUCUUUACUCUGAUACUUUACUUUCCUCAUAGAUCCAUGCUUGAAAGAGAAGAUCUAUCAUGUGGCCCUUAGAGUUCUUAAAUCUAAGGACCUUAAUAUAUUUGUCCUCACUAAAUAUUGAGGAUAAAUAUAAUGGUACAGAGCACAUCAAUCACCUCAUCAACACAUGCCCCAUCCCACACAAGUUUCUCAUUUCCAAUACUAUUUCCAGAAUAAGCCUGUCCCUCACCUUUAGGCAUCUACCACUGUGAACAUUUGAAAUUGUCCCUCAGCCACACAUUGAGGCAGCCAGUUUAUCACUUCCUGACCAGCUCUGGUGGCCAGUCUGUUCUUCAGCUGCUCUGUGGUCUAUACCAGUCUCUGUGGCAAGUACAUACUCUUGCUUCUUGGGCUGAGAGUGGGAGAAGGGAUUCAGCAACAGGUGGAAGAUAGCUGUCAUUGAAUGAGCCAACAGGAUAGGGAAGAGAGGAGAUGGUUCCUGGCUUGGUGGAACUGUGAGCAGACAGGAGUCCUGAACCUGAUUCAGUUCCCAAGGGAUUCUGGCAUAGCACUUUCUAGUUGCUCCCCAAAUCUCUUGGAAGUUAGCUAUUACCCAGGUUAAGCUACCUGAGUACUGAUCAUUUUCCUAUGAUUUAAUUUGUUUAAUUAUGUUUAGAUUCAUGUGUUUCACUUGAGUAGUUUUGGCAUGCAGUGGAAUUAGUGUAGAGUAUUCAGGUAACCAAUGAAUUUGUCAUGACAGACUGACUUGAUUUUUAUUGAGCUCUUUGGAAGACUUUUCCAUACUGGAUAAAGAUCUUGUAUUUCUCAUGGAGGUCCCAAUCCUGCAACCUUAGGGACAUGCAUAAGUCUUUGUAGAAUUGGACCCUUAGCAAAUGAAGAAUACUGUAUACUACAAUAGGUAUAAAACCACACAGUCAAACUAUGUUGCUUUAUUUUUUGAUGUGUACUAAAUGGCAAAAUAAAAUCAUGAUAAAAAAACCGCAUUAAUCAAUAAUGAAAUAAUAAUGAAACUAGCAAAGGUCCUGUAAUAUGACAGGGUGCAAUCAAUAAAUCAUGCACCACGUAAAUAUUCUGUAUGUCAAAUCA